CACACACACAGUUUGAAAAACAGCACACAAGACAAGGCCGCAAGUCAUUAGUUCUUGGUGGGCAAGCACUGACAAAAGGCUGGAGUGCAUGAGAGAGCAAGCACAGGAAAUAUGGUGGGCCGAGGAGACGGACGCUCUUUCCUGCUUUCUUGAUUUUUUUUUUUUUUUCUGAAAGGAAGCAUGAAAGAGGACACUGUCAUUACGGCGCACUCGUGCUACAGCAAGCGGGGAGGAGAGAGGGAGAGCACAUCCUUGUGUAGAGGAGCUGCUUGUGUAUUUGGGAAGUGAGCACAGGCUGCCCGCGUCAGCUCGUCUGUCGUCGCUGCCGCAGCUGGCAGUGCCCUGAAGAAGCCCACGGCUACAUGAAUGCGUCGUUGUGUGGACACAUUAAGUUGUUUUGUUUGAUCUGGAAUAUCUUCAUUGUGGGUCACAAUGCUGCUAACAACGCUAAGGGGAUUACAGCAGAGUAGGAGAGUUGUGUCUGCGCUCUUAGGUUCGCUGGAUAGAAGGAGGCUCUAGCGAGAGGAGGGUUUUAUUUUCUAUGGGAAGCCAUAGACACAGCGCGUUAAUGUCCACACCGAGGUGAGCCUGAUAUCGUUUCUACGAGGAUUAAGAGGUGAAUAUUUGGAAAAACUGCUACUGUCUGUGGGGGCAAAUAGGUGUGAGCCACUUCAUGGUCAGGGGUACUUUAAGAGGGGCGGUCAAAACCCUUCCAGGCAUAUGCUAAGGGGAGCUACACUGAGGUCCUUUUUCAGCCAUUACUGUUGCUACAGAGACGGAGCUGGGAGCGCGAGAGUGAAACGAAAAAGACUGGGGGGGAUUUUCAUCUCAUCUCAUUUCGCUUGGAAACUGUUUCUGACUUGUUUUUGGAGAAUGCACACUGUGUGUUUUGACUCGUUUCCCGUGAAAGGUUCCUUGGCUGAAACCGAUCGACCGGGCAGCGCCUGAGCAGGCUUCUCUUCAAGCACUGGACCAAAGAAAAGGACAACACACGGCGGCGGCUACGAGCUGGAGAGAGGAAGAUGAAAAGAAAAAGGGCGCAGUGAAAGCCACAGGCAUGCAAAACUAAAAGUUGCCACACUGAGACUGUUUCCAGGUCAUAGUGGAGUGGGAGGGGACUGAGCGGCUCUUGUUUUUUUUUUUGCCAAACACCCCCCUCCUCCUCCUCCUCCUCAAUGCUAUAGCCUGGGCUUUUUCUCACUGACAUCUGCUUAUUUAGCACGAGGACCGUUUCCCCCCCAGUUCUGCUAUUACAUGCUAAAAAAUAAACAAGGGGCUUAAUUAACAAAUGGGAUCACAGACAAGCAGUAAAUACUGAAUCUCUCCAGGUGAGGUGAAACACACAGUCAGGACUAUUUAUGUUACCUUGACAGCAACCAGAAAUAUUGGCUGCCUGUCCCAUUUUCUUCAGCGGUGGUUCCGUAACCAAGCGAUGGCCAUGGUGAGUGGGGGGUGGGGCGAUCCCAAUGGGGGCACCAACGGACUGGGAGACAAGGGCUACCUGAGGGGGGAGGAGGACGACGGCUCUCCCCAGGCGGGAGGCAGCGAUAUGGAAGCUGGAGACGACGACAAGGCGUGCGUGGUGGACUGCGUGGUGUGCGGGGACAAGUCCAGCGGGAAACAUUACGGAGUGUUCACCUGCGAGGGCUGCAAGAGCUUCUUCAAGCGGAGCGUCAGACGCAACCUCAGCUACACUUGCAGGUCAAACCGAGAGUGUCAGAUUGACCAGCACCACAGAAACCAGUGUCAGUACUGCCGCCUGAAGAAGUGUUUCCGCGUUGGCAUGCGCAAAGAAGCAGUUCAACGCGGUCGUAUCCCACCCCAGCCAAGCCUCAGUCCCUCUAUCAUGCCCAUAGGUGGCGCCAGUGGCCUUGGAAGUGGUGAAUUCUAUAAUAACAACAAUGGAGGAAGCGGCGGAGGUCAGCCGGUGUCAGAACUCAUUUCCCAGCUGCUGCGGGCCGAGCCAUACCCCAGCAGUCGCUAUGGGCACCAGUACAACCAGCAGGCUGGACCAGAUAACGCCAUGGGCAUUGAUAACAUCUGUGAACUGGCUGCUCGGCUACUUUUCAGCACCGUGGAGUGGGCCAGAAAUAUCCCUUAUUUCCCCGAGCUUCCUGUGUCCGACCAGGUGGCUCUGCUGAGGCUGAGCUGGAGCGAGCUGUUCAUCCUCAACGCGGCCCAGUCAGCCCUGCCGCUCCACAUGGCUCCCUUGCUGGCUGCGGCUGGCUUCCACUCCUCCCCCAUGUCUGCCGAGCGUGUGGUGUCCUUCAUGGACCAGGUCAGGAUGUUCCAGGACCAGGUAGACAAGCUGACCAGGCUGCAGGUGGACUCUGCUGAAUAUAGCUGUCUCAAGGCUAUCGCACUCUUCUCACCAGACGCCUGUGGUCUAACAGACCCAGUCCACGUGGAGUCUCUGCAGGAGAAGGCUCAGGUGGCUCUGACAGAGUAUGAGAGGAUGCAGUACCCGAGUCAGCCUCAGCGCUUUGGCCGCCUGCUCCUGCGUCUCCCCGCCCUGCGUGCCGUUCCUGCCAAUCUCAUCUCCCAGCUCUUUUUCAUGCGCCUGGUAGGAAAGACGCCCAUUGAGACGCUGAUCCGGGACAUGCAGCUCUCUGGAAGCUCAAUCAGCUGGCCGUAUGUUCCAGGACAAUAGCCCCCUCCGCCCACCCCUUUAGGCGAGGUUUCCGUCUGGAAUUAGUGACGACAAAGACCCACAGGAAACCUCCUGACUCAUCACUAUCCCAUCUAUGUGGUUCAAGCGAGCUGGUCAUCAUACGUACUUUACUCUAACCGCUCUAUUCCCCCUCAUGACACGAGCACUCUGUCUCCACAUGGGCUUCCAGGGAAGAGAGAGAUGCCAGUGCCAGGAUUUCUUUUUGUUACUCUUGUUCUGGUGCCAGGUCUCAGGCCAGAGGCCACCUCUUCACGCUGCGCUCCAUUAUGGCCACCACAGCCAGUCAAGUCAUGACCCACAUGUCACAGUAUCUAAAGAUGGCACGGUUUCAUGUAGAGGGCAGCAGCACCCUGCUACAGGACUAAACUGUCCCACCACUGAUAGUCGGCUGAACUUUUCACCACAUUGGGCUUAUUUUCCACGGCUCGCCAUUUGUUAUACAGUGACCUUUUUUAUCCACACUACUGAUAACGUUACAUCCAUGACUUAAGUGGCUUUAACGGAACAGUCUAAAGCAUCAGAAAACUCUGGUUGCGUUGUUAACUAUGAGACAGUAACUGCUGAAGAGAAAAGUUGUAAUUCACCGCUUUCUUUUUUCUACACUUGAGGAAGAAGCAAAAGGAGCAGAAAUAAAACCAAGGAAAACUCACCAAAGUCUAUCACAUCGUCCUCGGAGAUGGGUUUUUAAAAAAGCAGAGAUGAGAAGACAGCAGGUCUGACCAUCAUGAUUUGAAACUCUCUCACAGGGCUCGCUGUUACUGUAAGUGACACUUUACAAAAUGAAGCCACCGUGACAGGAGAAGGGACUAAUACCUCAUGAGACGUCAGAAUGCUUUAGUCUGAUAUUUCCUCAACACAAGCCUCUGUAAAUGUCGUUCACCACAAACCGCCUUCUUUUUGACAACUGCCUUGUUAUUCGGUAUGAAUUUGGGACACCCGUGAAAUAUGAAAUGAGUCUUACGAGCAUCACAAACAUUUGAUCUCUGUAAAAGAUCCCCAAAGUGAUUUUUUUUUUUUAAACUAGUGUCCUGAAUACGAGUUCUGACUGACUGAAUAUGAUGAAUUCAGUUAUUAAACAUGAUUUGGAUUAAGGUUUUUUCCAUUAAGGAAUGGAAGGCUGGCAUUUGUGUGAAUUAACUUGGGUUUCAGUAUGACGGACAAUUCAAGAUAGUAAGAAUUAGUUUAGCCAGUAUAGUUGGUGACCAGAGAGUAUAACCAACACUAACAGUUUAUGUUGAAAAAUGUAUUGUAAUGUACAUAUAUGGAGGCCAACUUUGUCUUUUUUGCAUGUUCAGAUCUUUUGGAUCUCUGCCAAGUUGUUUUCUGCUUUUGCAUUAUGUAUUUCAAGGUUCAUUUAAACAUUAAAACUAUUGCUUUCACUGUUAGCUCCUAAAUGUUUUUUCUAUAUGUAUUUACAUAAAAAAAUACCUCUGUCAUCUGUUUGGAUGUAAAAGAAGAAGCUUGUCUUCAUGCCAUCUAAGCUCAUAUGACACAGAUGUUCAUGCUCUCAUUGAGUGUGUCUCUGCUGUUGGAGUCAUGUGAGACAGUGUUGUCAUGGAUGAGAAUCUGGUGGGGGGGAAAAUGCACUUAGAGGACAGUCAAUGCCAAAAACAUCACACAGAUGUGUUAAUAGAAGAUUGGCCCCUGGUUUGCUGGUUCACUGGGAUUUACCUCACAUGGGUAUUUUAAGAGGUGAGUUAAAUAUUUAGGUAUUUUAAAGGAAAGAACAAAAUCCACCCCAAAAACAAAAUAUUUCUGCUUUGACCAACGUAAAACACAAAAGUUGAAAGAUAUUGAUUCUUGAUCUACCAACGAGCCUUUUGAAAGAUAUUUGGAUAUUCUUCUUUUAGGCACCGACUCAUGCAACUGUUAUAGAUAAAAAACAAAAACAAAUGCUAUUAAUGUUUUCUUAUCUUUGCGUUACCGAGUUCUUAUGUUUUUAAAAUGUUAUGUGUAUGGCAACUUUAUUAAAAGAAUCAAAAGA